AUGUCAAGCUCCAAAGCGAACCAGAGAGCCCAGCAAUACGAAGCCUUUUACCAAGAAGCAUUGGCCAACAACCAUGGAUACACAUCCUUCCCAGCGCCGGAAUCUCUCCAAGCAGCAACACGUGGCUGCAGUUCCAGCGUCGUAGACAGUUUCCUCGACUACGUCCAGGAGGUCCACCAAACCACCAAGUCGUGUGCAGAGAAAGGCAACGAGCUGCGCAGGAUUGCGAGUAGAGCAUAUGAACAAUGGGGCAGUCAGCACCCGGCUUUGCUCGGCGUGAUCGGCGUGCUUGCUGGGUACGGGUUGAGCAAAAUCUAG